CGCAGAAGGCAGGAGAAAGAGGGGCGGUACUUCCGCACUGUACAUUCGCGGGAAAAGAUGUGAUGGCCCCGUUUGGUUCUCGGUUGGCAAUUGCUAGGGAAAAAGCAGAACCUGGAACUAGUAGAAAAAUAUGUGCUGGGCCGAGGGGCGGGAGGAAGAUCAGGCCGCCUGUCCUGACCUAGAGGGGCGGCCCGCCACGGCAGCAGCACCGGGCGGAGAACAAGACCAGGCGGGCUGCGGGGCGGCUGCAUUCGGGACCAGGGCGCUGUGGCGCGCUCUUUGUCGCUCUCCCCACGACCCUCGCACCGAAGCUCGCUGGCCAAGAGCGCUUUGGAUUCACGGCCGCCAUGACGGGCAGUAAUAUGUCAGAUGCCCUUGCGAAUGCUGUAUGUGAACGUUGUCGAGCCCGUUUUGAUCCCACCGAACGAAUUGUAAACAGCAAUGGAGAACUGUAUCAUGAAAACUGCUUUGUCUGUGCUCAGUGCUUUCGUCAGUUUCCAGAUGGCCUCUUUUAUGAUUUUGAAGGGAGAAAAUAUUGUGAGCAUGACUUCCAGAUGCUAUUUGCACCAUGCUGUGGGGAAUGUGGUGAAUUCAUCAUUGGCCGAGUCAUCAAAGCAAUGAACAAUAAUUGGCAUCCUGAAUGCUUUUGUUGUGAACUCUGUGAUGUGGUUCUUGCUGAUUUGGGUUUUGUGAAGAACGCUGGCAGACACCUUUGUCGGCCUUGCCACAAUCGUGAGAAAGCCAAAGGCUUGGGCAAAUAUAUUUGCCAGAAAUGCCACUUGAUAAUUGAUGAACAGCCUCUUAUGUUCAGGAAUGACUCCUAUCAUCCGGAUCAUUUCAGCUGCACCCACUGUGGGAAAGAAUUGACCGCUGAUGCCAGGGAGCUGAAAGGAGAGCUCUACUGCCUGCCGUGCCAUGAUAAGAUGGGCAUUCCAAUCUGUGGGGCUUGUCGGCGGCCUAUUGAGAGUCGAGUGGUCAAUGCUCUAGGAAAACAAUGGCAUGUUGAGCACUUCGUUUGUGCAAAAUGUGAGAAGCCAUUCCUAGGACACCGGCAUUAUGAGAAAAAGGGUCUGGCUUACUGUGAGACUCAUUACAAUCAGCUCUUUGGAGACGUCUGCUACAACUGCAGCCACGUGAUCGAGGGGGAUGUGGUAUCUGCUCUCAACAAAGCUUGGUGUGUAAACUGCUUCUCCUGUUCUACCUGCAACAUCAAGCUCACCUUGAAGAAUAAGUUUGUGGAAUUUGACAUGAAGCCGGUGUGCAAGAAAUGCUAUGAGAAGUUCCCUUUGGAGCUGAAGAAAAGGCUGAAGAAGUUGUCUGAGCUGACCUCCAAGAAAACACAACCCAAAGCUCUGGAUCUGAAUUCUGCUUAAACAGGCCUCUGCUCCCUUCACACGGCACUCUUCUUCCCCAUUAGCAGUCAUCCAAGACUGGUUAAAGGGCCCAAGACACACAGAGCCUCACUAGUUGCAUCUAGUAAUCUAAAUGUUUUCUGCUCAGGUAUAGUGCACAGAGUCUGGCCUUUGGGGGGGAGAAGCUGUGGCUGUACGUGAACAUGCACUAUUUUCCUUUUGUUGUAACUGUGUUUUGUGAUUUUUUUUCAUUUUUCAGUAUUAAGAGAGCCAGAUUUAUACUAUAUGUCAUAGUAUUCUAUGAAUUGUUAAAGUAAGAUGUAGAAGUGGGAGAUAGAUAACAUUGUACCCUUUGUGAACAUUAUCUUAAAAUGGCAAGGGACUAAUAAUUAAAUAGUGAACUAACAAUUUCAGUUAAGCCAUUAUGACAACGUGAUAAAUCUACACUGGUUUUAUUAGAUGGCUGUCCAUAUCACUGUAAUGGUGAAGCUUGAUAUGUUUUCUUUUACCAACCAAAUAUUUCAGCUGCUGAAACAGAUACUAAUGCUUAAGCUAAACUUCCUACCUAUUAUACAUUUUCUCACAUUACAAAAAGCAGAAAAUAAGACCUGAAUGGACCAAAACAAUUUAGCUAGAAACCUCUAGUUUUUGAGAUAUGCUGUCUCAGGCAAACAUAGCUAGAAUUGGUGAUUAUUCUGUUAGCAAGAAGGUUUGUGAAUAUCAAUUGGUGUAAUCCAUAUGCUACACUUUACAAUUUCUCUUCAUUUCUUUAUGAUUCUGCUAAUGCCAUUCCAAAUAACCUAUACUGUGUGGUAUUAUAGCAAUACUUUGGGUUUUCUAUUUUGAACCUAAAUAGUUUGUUUUUGUAAUAUUGCACCAUAGUACUUGUGUUCUUAUGAUCAGAACAUGAAAUGGAGCAGAAUGAUUAGUGCGGAGUAAGAUGCUUAUUUGGUAAACUUGGUUUCUCUUCAGUAAUUAUAGUAAAGAUGUAUAUUAUCUCCUGCUUGGUUUAUUAUUAGCAAUUGUGAUUGGCACAAGAAAGGUCAUUUUUUAAUCUGAAAUCAUACUUUUCAGUAUAAUGGAAAAGGAAAAAAUGCACAAGGACUAGCAUAUUUUUUUUAUAAAUAGAGUAAGAGCAGUAAGCACAUUCUCAUUGAAUGAAUCACUUUCAUCAAGACCUUCCUAUGUGAUCUAGUAAUAUAUUUGAGCUUAUGUGUCUGAAAUGCCACAUCCAUUUAAGCAAAGUAAACAAAGUGUUAUGUUUAUGUUGUCUGCUCAGUCUAUUAAAAUGCUGCAACAUCCUAGAGAAGUAUAUGAGCACUUGUGCUUCAUUUUUGCUAGAGCAGCAGAACUGACUGAUUACAUUGCUGAAGAACAGUGCACAGGCAUAAGCCAGAAGUCAAAACACAGAACACAUUAAUACUUAUAUAGUGGUUUAGCUAUAUAAAAUGUAUAAAUGAUAAAUCAAUUUAUUGUAGUGAUGUCAUCCUCUGUGGUCAUGUUAGAUAAACAUUCUUAAUCCCUUACUAAAAUAGCCUUUAAUCACCAUAAAGUUGAAGGAUUUCCCCCCCCCCCCAGUGGUGCUAUCACAAGUUUCAGCUAUUCAUGUUACUAUCAUAACCAGAAGCAAGUCAAAACACCCUGGGUGCAUUAUCGUACCCAGAAAAACAUGAAUUCUACCUAUACAGCCUGAUUCUUACAAGUACUUACUCCAUAGCAUACACACAGAUAUAUACAAGUAGGUGCCAUAAUGGAACAUGUUUCCAGCUCAAGUAAUAAAAAUAGUUCUCAAUUUACAAGCACAAUUGAGCCUGGAUUGUAGUCUUUAAGCAAGGCACCCAUGUGACUGCCUCUCUCAACAAUUGCAAUGCAAGUUCUUUCUGUUGCGGUCAAUAAGCAACCGUGUGGGGUGGCCUUAGGAUGUGGAGGCCCAAUGCCCAUCAGCACAUGGAAAUCUGCUACUGGCUGGAAGAUGUCCAUUGGCUAGGCCCACCUUGCUUCAGCUUGUACAAGGGCUCUAUUUUCAUAGUGAUUCGGAAGGCUCCUUCUGCAAAUUGCAAGACUCAGAGAAGGCGUGCAUAGUGAGAACAAUAGCAUUUGCUAGCAUUUUCUCCUCUGAUAAAUGCUAGCAAAGCCAGAAUUCUGAAAGGAUCUGAGACUCAAUGUUCUGAAACUUUCAGACCAUUAGCAAAGCUGAUUUUCUGAAAGGCUGUGAGCCUGAACGUUUGCUAGCAUUUUUACCAGAUCUGAGCUCCAUUCCUCCAGUGUGGGGGAAGAUUUCCCUUCCUUACACAGAGGGCAGGAAAAGUCCCUCUUUGCACUGGAAGAAUGGACCUCAAAUCCUCCAUUUGCAACCUUUCUUGCCAGCUUUCCCCAUUGACUUUCUGAGGAAGCCGGCAAAGAAGAUUGCAAAUGGCAAUCACAUGAUCACAGGGCACUUGGCAGUUGGUCAUAAAUGUAAACAGGUUGCCAAGUGGGCAAAAUACAGUCACGGACAAGGAUGAAAGUAGUGCAAUGUUUUACAAGUGCUUGUAAAGUGUUUUUACGGGCCAUAAAGUAUACAUGUUCCAUUUGCCAUUGUGACUGAAUGACUGUUAAACAAAUAGUCAUAAGUUGAAGACUAUCUGUGGUAACUUCUUCAGUGAUCAUAAAGAUAUAAACAUAACCAGUACAUGACAGAUUUUGCUGUUAAAUGCAAUCAAACAGGUUCAUAUCAUUUUAUUCAAUAUCUUGAAUGUAGAUGCACCAUACUUGCACUAUAUUCUUAAAAUAAAAUAUUUUUUUCAUAUUUUACGUGCACUUUCUUUAUAUAAAUUUAUAAAUGAUUCCUGAAGUUAGCAAAUAACUCUAAUAUUAAAUGCACAGUUACUAACCACUGUAACAUACUAACCCAUUAUCCUGUGGUAUUGUUGGCAUUGAGGGAAUGGCCCCCGCUACCUUGGCCCUGGCCCAGGCCAGCUGGGAGCCAAUGUACAAUUUUGUGGUGGCCAUCUUGGCACUUGCCCCAAUGGACCAUGCCUUGGCACUUGCCCCGGUCCCACCC